UGGUAGCGCAGAAUUUCACUUGCAAACCGUUCAGCUGGACUCACCUGUGCAGUUGAGCUCUGAAUUUCCAACCAUGGACCAAUCACUGUCUGGUGGGCGGGGUCAAGUGAGCGUGCUCAGCUGUUUCCCGCCUUCUGUAGGCAGAGAUAUUGCUGCUGCUGUGGUGAAACCCCUGGGAGCUGGCCUUGGAAACCCUGGCACCCGUAGCUUGCUAUGCACAGACAAACAGGUAAAGUGGACAAUGGAGGUCUUGUGUUAUGGCCUCACUCUCCCACUAGAAGGAGAUACCGUCAAACUCUGCGUGGACAUCUACACUGAUUGGCUAAUGGCCCUGGUUUCCCCAAGAGACUCCACUCCUCCACCAAUCAGCAGAGACCCCAACCUGUAUGUCCAGAAGAUCCUCCGACACCUGUUCAAUCUGUUCUUGCCCAGGUCUGACCAGGUAAAUCUGGUCUACCUGUCUCUCUAUCAGCAGGUUCUGUGUGCUGUCCAAGUACUGGCUAAAGAGAGUACCAUGAUGAGCAGAGACACCUGGGAGACUCUGUUGCACUUCUUGCUUCGCAUCAACCAUGCCAUGCUGUCUCCAGCAACUGCUGCAGGUGGUGUAUCAGACAUGUUGAUGGCAGUGCUCCUUGAAGUGUGGCUGCUGUCUUGCUCUCGAUGUUUUCCAUCUCGCUCACUAUGGCAGACAUGCAGACAGAUGUUGAGCAGCUGGAGACAUCAGCCUGCAGUUGUGGAACAGUGGUGCAGAGUUGUUGCAGCCUUAACCUCCAGGUUGCUGCAGCUGACUUUCGGGCCAUCAUUCCCUCACUUUAAAGUCCCAGAAGAAGAUGCUGCCCUGAUCCCAGAGGACAUGGAUGAUAAGCGAAUCCCCCAGACCUGGUUCAGGUUCCUGCACUUAUUUAGUAAUCCGGUGGAGCUCAGUCGCACAGCAGCUGUUGUUCCAUCGCAAGUUUCACAGGGGGAGGUGUUGAGAAGAGGUGACAGUCAGCUACCAAACAUCUUCUUUAAAGCCAUGAGUGGAGUCGGUAUCCUUGUCGACGCCUUCCUGGUUUCACAGGGGGAGGUGUUGAGAAGAGGUGACAGUCAGCUACCAAACAUCUUCUUUAAAGCCAUGAGUGGAGUCGGUAUCCUUGUCGACGCCUUCCUGGAAACAAUAGAACAACUCCUUCCAAACACUGGAAUGACAACAAAACUGCACUUCAGAGACCGGCUGCCUUCUUUUGCGAUUUCUGUGACCAAAAGCCCGUUCAGAGACCGUCUGCCCUCCUAUGGUAUCUCCCGGCCUCGCUCUGGCAGUGCACCACCCACACCAGUGAAUGUACUGAGCAUGCAAAGCUCCGCUUCCUCAACCAGUUCCUCCCCUCCAUACAACAGACAAAUUCCAUCACCCCAUUGGAAAUCUUUCUCCCAGCUUCCUUCCUUCUCCUCCCUGUUUUGUUCGUCUCUCAGACCCUCUCCCUCACCCCUCAGGUGUAAUGUGGACUCCCUUCUACAUCUGUUUGGUUGCUGGCUGUUCGAUGCUGCACUAAUCAGCAGAGACUCUGCUGGGCAGGGUGAUGUUGCUGUGAUGUCAAAUGGAUGGGCGGCAGGUCGAGCUGAGGCUUGCGGGACACUUUGCAGGAUCUUCAGCUGCAGGAAGACGGCAGAGGACAUUCUGUCUGUCUACCUGUCCAGGUUCUACCUGGUUUUGAUACAGGGUCUUCAAGUGUCAGAGAAGGCCAGUUCCCCUGUUCUGGCCUCCAUUCUGCUGAACUCCACCUCUCUGUUCUGCUGUGACCUAAGAGGAGUCAACAUACUGCUACCUCCCUUUAUCUCAGCUCUGGAAAAUGUGCUGCUCGACAGAGAGCUGCUGAAGUUUAAGAAUUUUGUCACUCCGGUGGAUUUAAGGCGAGCCUCCAUCCUUGUCCUGCUUUCCCUGCUGCCCAUCCCUACGCACUUUGGAUCAGUCCAGUUAGAGGAGUUACUGGAUAGGAAGUUAAGCGCUGAUGCUGCAACAGGUACCCUCCUGUUGCUGAAGCCACGCCUUAUCAGUGUCCUGAUUGGAGCUCUGCAGACAGAGGCAGACACCUGCAACAUACAGCUCCUCCUGGCGGCCAUGUUGAAUCUGAUUCAGGAUUCAGCUGUGUCAGAGCCUGCAAGACGAACUCAACAAGAAACUGAGCCCCUGCUUACUGGGACCAGUAAACUCAAACAGGCUUUGGGAGCAAGUCAGACCAGUACAAACCGAUGGACCAGAGGAUCGAAUGCAGUGGCAGUUUUGUGGGUUCAAUCUCUACGUUUGCUCACUCAGCGUCUGACGUCUCAGUGGAGGAAUGAUUCAGCAGUUUGUCUGUCUGCCCUGGAAGUGCUGGGAGGACUGGCCAAGGUGGAAGUGCGAGUGGAGGAGUCAGAGAGGAUGCGAGUAGUCAGUUCAGUCUGCACCUACAUUGUUUUUCAGUGCAGUCGUCCUCCUCCUCUUCACUCCAGAGAUCUGCACUCCAUCAUUGUUGCUGCCUUCCAGUGUCUCAAUGUCUGGUUAACACAACAUCCCACACUGCUUGGCCAUAAGGAGUGUUUGUUGGAGGUCCUGGAGAUCGUGGAACUUGGGAUUUCAGGCAGUAAGUCUAGACAGGAACAAAAAGUGAGAUGUAAAGAGGAGAAAGACCAAAACCCAGCCUCUCUGAGGGUGAAGGAGGCAGCUGAGGCCACACUUAGCUGUGUUAUGCAGGUUUCAGAGGCAUUCCCUUUCGUCAGCGGGAUCCUCAAUGAGGAUGUUCUGGUUCGUUCUUCCUGUCAGAGUGACAGCAGUCUUGAGAAGUUCAGAUAUUUUGUGGUGGAAAGCUCCACGAUCCUAGCCUUUUUGGAGCAAACACUGGGACGUGAACAGGCACAGUAUCCAUCACUCAUCAUGGUGAUCAGAGGAGCGUCAGGACGCCACACCUGGAGUCUAGAGCUUUGUCCAAAGCCUCACCAGGGACAAGCUGACACACAGGAACCCCUGAUACCAGAACAGCACAGCAUGGCCCAGGAAGAUGCCAGAAUACAAACUGUUAUCAAACAGCAGCUGCUUUCUGAAAGUUUUGAUGCAGUUCCAUCAGUUAAAGCAGAUCAUAGUAUUCCAGCUCUGCAUGAGACCAUUACUGAGGAGCAUCUGCGAACAGCUUUAAAGAGACAGCAGCAAGUCGAGGCUCGACCACAAGCGAGCAGUCGUUCGGCUGUCCCGAUGACCUGUAAACCUCCUCCACCUGUCACCCAUUUCCAGGCGGCAAGACUGUUCCUGUCCCACUUGGGCCUGCUGACACCUGAGAGUGUAAAGGAUCCAGGUAUCAGUGGUGUUCCAGCUCCGCUUGUGGCGCUCGACUCAUCUCUUCCUGGUUUCUUUGACAGCCUGAGAAAUUUGGACCAGCAGCCAUCAAGAAUCUACGAUUCCACCUUUAUCUUCUACAUGGGAGCAGGACAGAGGACAGAGGCUGAGAUCCUGAAGAAUGUGGAGUCGGCCUGCAAUGUCCAUUCACACUUCCUUGACUUCCUGUCAUCUCUUGGUUGGCCGGUGGAGGUGGGACAGGUGGGCAGGGUCAGCACUAGCAGAUCCGGCUUUUCUUGCUGAUUGGUUAUUUUCUUUCUACCAGAAUUUUCUUCUGUGUUGGGUGACAGCGGAGGGAGUGUGUUUGACGGGAAGCGGUUCAUCCUGAUGUUCACAGACAGUCUGACAGAGCUCACCUUCAUUGUCCCGUCACUGUUACACAGUCAUGCAAAGAGUUCAGAGGUGUUGUUCCCACCUGCUGAGUCACCACUCAACCUACCAUGUCACUCUAAAUCCAAUAGUUAUCCAGCAAUGAUGCCGUGUAACAGCUCUGAAUGCAACUUGAUGAUAGUCUGGGUCGAACGGUUCGAGGACAUUGAGAAUUUCCCUGUGUCUGGUCUCCUGUCACAUACCAGGUCACAAACAGAGAUCAGUGUAUCCACAAUCCAGCUGAUUUUUAUACAUCCUCUGAAAACUGGACUCUACCGAAUCCACGUCAGUGAAAACACCACCAGCAAGUUUGGUUUGGUCGUCCCAUUGGUCAGCGGGAGUGUGGUCAGCAAGAGGUCACUGGGUUUUUUGGUUAGGGAGAUGGUGAUAAACUGGUGCCACCGAAGAUUGUUAGAAAGUGACUCUACUCCACCACCUCACAUUAGAAGAAAGCACAUGAUCAAUGACAUCACUCUUCGCUACCGAAGCCGCCACUCUGAACCUGCCUUUUAC